AUGGACGCCGCCGAGCAGCUGCCAGCACCGGCCGCGGCGACGCGCGCGCUGGUGCACGCGCAGCCGCCGGUCCACCCCUGGUCCACGGGCCUGUUCGACUGCGCCGAGGACCCCGGGAACUGCUGGAUGACGUGCUUCUGCCCGUGCGUCACCUUCGGGCUGGUGGCGGAGAUCGUGGACCGCGGCUCCCUCUCCAGCGGGGCGAGCGCGGCGCUGUACGUGCUCAUCGGGAUGGUCACCUCCUGGUGGUUCCUGCCCAUCUACACCUGCUUCUACCGCACCAAGAUGCGCGCCCAGUACGGCCUCCAGGAGGCCCCCUACCCGGACCUCUGCGUCCACUGCUUCUGCGAGUGCUGCGCCCUCUGCCAGGAGUACCGCGAGCUCCACAACCGCGGCUUCGUCAUGGACAUCGGAUGGCACGCCAACAUGGAGCUGCAGCAGCGCGGCGGCGCGGCGACCGUGCCGCCCACCAUGCACGUAGACGGGAUGACACGCUGA